AUGGGGAAUGUCAUGGGGUUUAAGGACAAGAUAAAUAAGAACAAGGAAAAUAUUAGCAUUUUCGAAAAAAGAUAUGGAUACAAUUUGAACGACUUGCAUAGUUAUAUUUACAAAAUUAAUCUUCCUCUUAAACCUCGUUAUAUUAAUUAUGUAUUAGAAGAAAAGAAAAAAAUGAGUAACAAAAAUGGUCAAGAUGAAUACGAAAAGGAUAUGAUAGCAGAAGAUAAAGAAACUGAUAAAAUGGAAGCACAGCAAGCCUAUCAUCAUGAUUAUAAUGAUGAGACAAACGAAGAUAUUUCCUUAAAGAAUAAUUUGAAUGCAGUAGACUUAUAUCAAAACUAUGAAAAGGACAAUAUUAAUGAUUCAAGGAAUAUUUAUAAAAAUAAAUUAAUAAUUAAUAAUAACCGUCAGAAUGAAAAAUAUGAAGAUAAAUAUGUUCAUAUGUCAUAUGAUAAUAAUUAUAUAUAUGAUAAUCAUACAAAUAAUAUAUAUACAGAUGAUAAUAUUUCAAAUUAUAUAUUGCAAAAAAAUAAUAUUUCAACAAAUCAUAAAAAAGAAAAUGAAAUAAAGACAUAUGUUAAUUUAUGUUUAAAUUAUUAUAAUAACUUGGACACAUGUGUUAUCAAAAAAUAUGAAAAAAAUGUUCAAAGCAAAAGGUAUAAAUAUACACGAUUGCACACAUGUAAACCUCAUUACGUGUUAUUUUCCAGGUGUAUUAAAUAUCGAGAUAAAAAGUUGAUGAAAGAAAUAAAAAAGAUUGAGCUGAAUUAUUACAAUUCUCUUAAUAAUAUCAAUAAGGGAAUAUAUUUAAAUGAAUUUUUAACCAACUUGAACUAUCAUGAGUACCUUAUCGGUAAAUUACAUGACAGCAUAGAAAAAAUAAGAUUAAAUAAAGAGUUGAAUGAAUUAAGAGAAAGAUAUGACCACAUUAUAAAACAUAAGAAGCAAAUAAAUGACAACUCAUCUAAAAGUUAUGAUGAAAAAGGAAAUAGCAAUGUGUACAAAAAAUUUAUGUUGUUAAAUGUAUAA